AUGUCUGCCCCGCAUCCCCUCUGCCCCCUCUCGGGUGCGGAGAUCCAAGCCGCUGCACAGUUAAUCCAGACUUGUUGGCCACAGUCUGUCUCUCUUCAGUUCAAGGUGGUGACGCUCAGCGAACCAGCCAAGGCUGAACUGGCGCCUUACUUGGAUGCGAGUGACAGAGGACAGUCUCCGCCCCAACCUGAUCGUCGUGCUUUCCUGGCUUACUACGUUAGGGGGACGGACCUCUUCCAUGAAGCCGUUGUCAAUUUGACGACAGGGAAGGUUGAAAGCAACGUCAAGCUGGGAGCCAACGUCCACGGCAACGUCGACUAUGACGAGGCAGAGAUUGUGGAGAAGAUUGCCCUCAAGGACCCCAAGGUCCUGGCCGAGAUCAAGAAACUCGAACUUCCAGAGGGCGCCGUUGUCUGCGCUGAUCCUUGGAUUUACGGGUCGGAUGGCGUCAACGACGACGAGCGUCUCUAUCAGGUUUUCCUCUACAUGAGAGACCCGAACAACAGCGCCGAGCCUGACUCAAACCACUACGCGUUCCCGCUUCCUAUCUUGCCCGUUGUCGAAUGCAACGAGUACAGGAUCAUCCGCAUCGACAUCUUGCCGACCGGUGCGGACAACACCAUCAAGCCUCUGAGCCCUUAUAAGCCCAAACCCGGAAACGAGUACAUCCCAGAAUGUCAGAAUCUCCGCAAAGAUCUCAAGCCACUUCACGUCAGCCAGCCUGAGGGACCUAGUUUCACUGUCACCCCUGUCGGAGAGACCGGUAAUGUUGUUAAAUGGCAGAAAUGGAGUUUCUUCGUUGGAUUCAACCAGCGUGAAGGUAUGGUGCUUUACAACGUCAAGUAUAAUGGCCGUUCGCUGUUCUACAGGCUAUCCCUCUCGGAGAUGAGUGUGCCAUACGGUGACCCUCGCCACCCUUUCCACAAGAAGGCCGCCUUCGACCUGGGUGACGCGGGUGCCGGCACCACCGCCAACAACCUCCAGCUGGGCUGUGACUGCCUUGGAAGCAUCCAGUAUCUCAGCGGCGUCGUCACCAAUGACCGCGGCCAGCCGGAACCCAGGGAAAACUGCAUCUGCAUCCACGAGCAGGACGCCGGGAUCUCCUGGAAGCACACCAACUACCGGACGGGACGGGCUGCCGUCGUCCGAUCUCGGGAACUGGUUCUUCAGAGCAUCAUCACCGUCUCCAACUACGAGUACAUCCUCAUGUUCAUCUUCAACCAGGCGGGCGAAGUGACCUACGAGGUCCGGGCCACAGGCAUUCUCUCUACGCAGCCCAUCGACCACGAACUAGACAAGGUAGGCACGUCGUUCGGCACCGUCGUCCAUCCCGGCGUUCUUGCCUGCCACCAUCAGCACAUCUUCUCCCUGCGCGUCGACCCGAUGAUCGACGGCCACACCAACCAGCUGGUCUACUCGGAAGCUCACAAGAUGCCGCGGGAUCCCGAAUGGAACCCCCACGGCACCGGGUACGAAGUCGUGGACAAGGUCGUAGAGAAGACGGCAGGCCUGGACCUCGACGUCGACUCGAAUAGGACGUUCAAGAUCACCAACCCGAACUCGUUGAACCCCGUCAACGGCAAGCCGGUGGCCUACAAGAUUGUGGCCCCGCCCUUCCAGAAGCUCAUGAGCGACAACGACAGCUUCAACUACAAGCGCGCCGAGUUCGCGGACCACAACAUCUACGUCACGACCCACAGAGACCGGGAGCUCUACGCGGGUGGCUGGCACACGAACCAGUCCCGCGGAGGGACCGGCGUCCGAGGCUGGUCGCAGCGCAACGAGACCCUGACGCCCGAGUCGGACAUUGUGGUCUGGGUGCAGUUCGGCAUCAACCACGUGCCGAGAAUCGAGGAUUUCCCCGUGAUGCCGGUCGAGAUCUUGAAGGUGCACUUGAAGCCGGUCAACUUCUUUGACAAGAACCCCGCUCUGGACGUACCCCCGAGCCAGCAGAGUUUCAACAAGAGCACCUUGGUGGAAUCGAGCAAGGAUGUUGGCGGCGCAGGCAAUGAUGGUUGCGGCUGUGGGUCACCGUCAUCAAAGCUCUGA